AUGGCGAAGCCAGUGAUUCCAGUCAUCUCUUUCGAGCCAUUCUUGAACGGCCAGGCAGCUGACCGCAAAAUGGUUGCCGAGCAAGUUUACGCUGCCUUUCGGGAUAUUGGAUUCAUGUAUGUAAAGGACACGGGUAUCAGCCAGGCAAGAAUCGACGAGCUAUUCGCCCUUGCCAAGGACUUUUUCGAUCUCCCUCUAGAUUUCAAACAACGUUAUGCACUGCGUGAUCCCACUGAGAAUCAAGGUUACAGUGCUCAGGGCAAGGACAUGGGCUUUGACCAUGAAAGCAAGGCUAUGAAGAAGGAUUACAAAGAAGCAUACGAACAUCGACGGUACAAGAACGAGUUAUGUCCAACGGCUGAAGAGCUUGCCGCAUACAACCCCAGAAUCAGCGACUUUCAUGCUAUCCUUGAUGGUUUCUACAAAGAAGCCUUCAAGCUGUCGGAAGAAGUUUUGGCGUGCCUCGCUCUCGCACUGGACCUCCCGGGCGGCGAGGAAUACUUCAAGCCCAUUACUGGAGACAGUGAUCCUCAACUCCGACUUCUGCAUUAUCCCCCGGUGCCUGCAUCUGCUAUUGCAGCCGCUACGGCUCAGGAUGGAGCUGGCAAAGAUGGAAGAAUCCGCCCCCAUUGCGACUACAGUUUAUGCACGCUGCUUUUCCAGGAUUCUAUUGGCGGUUUGGAAAUCGACCCUUUUCAUACGGGAAAGUUCACUCCAGCGCCACCAAAGAGCGGCACUGUCUUGAUCAACAUUGGAGAUUUGUUGCAUAGACUGCUCAACGGCCGCGUAAAGAGCACGAUGCACCGUGUUGUGGCUCCGGAAGCGUUCACUUCCGAGGAUGGCUCCGAGCCGAUAUUGCCAUCGCGCUAUUCGAUCCCAUUUUUUGUGCAUCCGGUGCCUGAGGCUCUGAUCGAACCCAUCCUGCUGGACCCAGCCGAGAAGAAAAUGUACAAGGAGGUCAAUGCUGGUGAUUGGAGAUCAUGGCGCACAGCCCGAAAUUAUAUGAUGCCUGAGAGGGAGCAAUACUUCUUGGAUAAACUCGGCAUCGCCCACGAGCUUCCCCAGAAUGCUGCAGCGCUCGGAUGUGUUACUGCUGGCGGGAACUAG